AACGACACAGUUUUAGUCGCCAGGUGCGUCACUUUCUCGGGAAAAUGUUUCCCCAGGUCUUUUCCAAUUGGCAGAUGAGAAAAUCACAGUGAAAGAGAAAAAGAGAGAGUGUGUGAAAAAUGGCAGGAACAGAGGAAUUUGUGGAAGCAGAUAAUGCAGAAGCCAUAAUCACCAGAAUCGAACAAAAAUCUCGAAAGAUCGAAAGCUUACUCAAACAAUACAAACCAGUCGAAGCUCUAAAAACUGCUCUUGAAGGCUCACCUCCCAACACCCGAGACGAACGCUGCAAGUCUGCAAAUUGGAUAAUGGUGCAUAGAGCUAUUAUGGCUAUAAAAGAUGUUGAUGGAAUGUUUUCUUCUUUGGAUCCUGAGUACUAUGACAUUCUUAUGAAGUACUUGUAUAGAGGCUUGUCUACUGGAGAUCGGCCCACGUGCGACCAGUGCCUUCGGAUUCAUGAAAAACUGACAGAGAGAGCUGGUUUGGGAUGCAUACUGCGGUCCCUUGCAGACACUGUCAAUACAGUUUGAUCUCAAGACAAAGUUAAUAUCCUCACUUUGCAAACUACAACACGCAGUGUCCUCUUGUUGAUUAUUGAAACUUCACAGAAAGUUCUUGUCCAGAAUCUUUUGUAUGUUAUUGAUUUCUCUACUUCAGACAGUUUUGUGACACAAUAUCAAAUCCCUCAAUGCAUUUGUCCUUGCAGGUGCACAUGAUUUCCCAGGACCCUGUGGUCUUUCUUGUGUCUCCUCUUUUCCCCCCAUAGCCUUUUCCCUUGUUUUUGUUUGUGUUGGCUUCAGAGGAUUCAUAACCAUUAAUAUGACAGAUAUUUCUACAACCUCCAUAGAAAAAGAAAUGUAUUUCAU